AUGGAGAGCAGUUCAGUGGAAAUCGACCUAUUUCAGCGCAGCUUGCUGACUGCCAUGAAUGCUGUGGACUCUGACAUCCAACCUUGGAAGAAGUGCAUCAAUUGCGAUUUCCGGGCAGAAAAGAACAAGGACAAAUGGGAGAAGUGUUGCGAGAAAUGUGGCAAGGAUGGUAUCGCUUGUUCAAUCCAGCACCAUGACGCUCACUGUUCCCGGCUUACAAAGCAGGAUUUGGCCCGCUGCUACUGGGAAUGCGUGAAAUGCGACACAGUGGCUCAAGAAGAUGCCAAAUGUUUGGUGGUGCCACCCAGCUGUGGACAAGGACCACGCCCAGUCUUAUUGUUCCUGACGGGCAACGGUCACGUCAAUGAUCGGCAAGAUUUCUUCUCCGGGGGAAUCGACCAACUGAUGCGAAACAACGACCUCAAGGGCUACUGGAUCAUGGCACCCAAGCCUUUGUCAGCUACUGGGGUCAUGCGCAAAAAUGAGAAGUGGCGCUGGACCUGGUGCGAGGAUGGCAUUUGGGCGAUGUUCACAGAGAUCUUGCGACGCCUUGGAAAGGACAAGGUGGAUCCCAGCCGGCUCUACGUCACCGGGCUUUCCCUUGGAGCGAGCGGAUCGUGGCAUCUGGCCCUUCGAUAUGGCCAGUUCCUGGCGGGUGUGGCACCCGUGUCAGGUGUUUGUCACUGGCCCCACGGUGCUUGGCCAAGGAGCAGCUCCAGCCCGCUGCCUGAAGUCCUGCGGCACCUCUCCACUUUGCCGCUGCGAGCCUAUCAGAUUGAUGCUGACCGAUAUGGUGGCAGUCCUGUCAAUGACCUCGAGUGGCUUUUGAAGGAAUAUCCGGAAAGUGCCACAGAGGCAAGGACUUUGCGUGGCAUGGAGAUUGAUCGCAGAGUAGAGGUCAGCAUCCGGCAGUGGCCACGUGGAGACCGCCCAGCAUGGGAACUUUGGGAGGCCAAAGGUCCAUUGAAGGAUUGGGCCUACUACGAUGGGUGGGGCGAUGGCGACAAACAUUGCCUCUGGAACAGGGUCUAUCCUUGGCCUGAAUGGGGUCUAGAAGCCUUCUUCCGUGCACAUCGCCUUCCACAACACCAAUGCUGGAAUGUGGAGGAGGCCAGUCCCCUGUCGGAGGUUUUGCAGAGACAGAAGGAAGAAGAAGACGCAUACAACCAGAAGGAAGCGAUGGCCAAGAUGAGCACUGGAGACAUCGAAGUCAUGCAGGAGCAGAAGCGCUUGCGCCAAGAUGAAGAGCUUGAUCGCAGACCAGUGGCUGCAUAG